AUUAAAGAGUGUGCUCCACGAGCCGGAGAGACGCAGAUGGGCAUGAGAAGAAGUCGAUAAGAAAGGAGGGUGCCGUGCUCCCUCAACGUCGUCUGCUCCAUCGCCGAAUUUGUGCUCUUUCGUCGAGAGAGCUCUUCACUUUGAACAUGGCUGCACAGUUUUACGAAAGGAACACAAGCGGGAUGAAUGCAGAUAGAUUCAUGACUCGGCUCACAGAUGAGUCAACAGUUAAUACUAUGCAAAGACACUAUUGGACAGCUCGCCAGUUUAUUCGGACUAAAUUGGGCAAAAAGGAAGACGAGCACCUUGAGGCCAGCGACAAUGAACUUGAUACGUGCCUGAAUCUUUAUCGAUCAGUUCACGGAACUUCAUUCCAGCUUCUGAAUAAUGUGGAUAAUUAUGCAAAUUUUCUUCUUGAUGAAACUUUGGUUCAGAACGUGCUUGGAAAAUAUCUAAAAGAAAAAGGAAAGAUAGACAAAACUGAAGCCGUCGGGCGAAUUCUAAUAGCCGUCGGAAGAUCACUUUUAUUCUCUAGUCAUCGAUUGAAUGCAGCACGGAUUGGCGUGUCCACAUUUUACAACAAACUAAGCGUAUUCGUGGAACGUGCAAUUGGUGACUGCUCACAAACGAUUGAAGCCGUGCAAAUGUGUAGAACAGAGUAUCGUGGAAGUCUUUUAUGGAUGAAGAAAACUAGUGAAGAGCUGGAUCCAGAAGUUGACGGGUCGAUGGAAAAGUUCAGAGAGGCACAGACGACGGUGAAAUCGAAUAAAGAACGGCUGGAUAGGUUGAAGACGGACACUUUGCAGAAGGUGGACCUACUAUCUGCUUCGCGAUCCAAUCUACUCUCCUAUGUUCUGACCCAUUACCAAAAUGAGCUCUACGAAUAUUAUUCAAAAACUUCCAGAGCUUUCGAGACAUUGGCUGAAAACAUCAAUUGCUAUAACAAUUACGAUUUUGAGAUUCUGAGUCACCUGGCCACCGGAACAAAACCCGAAAGAGAGCGUAAAUCAGAAAAAGAGGAAAGUGCAAAAACGAGUCAACCAAGAGGAAACGAAGAAGAACUCAAAAACCUUUUAUUUGGAAGAGAAAGCCCACAAUUUGGUGAAGAAGAAGUUCAAGAUGAAUCCCGUUCUCAAUGUGAUAGUCCUUUAAUAGAAGAUGUUGAUGAUGAAAGAAGGAAAACUGGAGAUCUGUUAGAUUUAGAAUCAGCUGCUUCAAUUGCAUUUCCAAUUGGUCCACUUGCCACUUUAUUUGAUACUUCCUCUUUCGUCCCACCAAUUCUUCCACCGCCUAAACCAAAUGCAGUGUCCGAUGACAUUUUAUCCCUUUUCGAUGGGAAUAAGGCAAAUAGCUCUGGCAAGGAGGCUUCUGCAACUACUAUGGACUGGCAAUCUCUUAUCGAUGGAUUCGACAGAGAGAAUGAGGAUAACUUGUUGUGAAUGUUCUAUGUGUAAAAUCGAAAAAUAAAUGUUUUCAAACUAU